UUCCUCUGUGAUCCUGAGAGUUAUGUUAUUGGGAGAGGGCUUCUCCUAGUAGGGUCUCCCAUGACAAGGUGGUCACAGGUGACACGACAAAGAACGGUUCAGUAAGACAUCAUUAAAGAGAGACAGGCAAGGCAGUCGGCUCAAAACCAACCCAACGUUCCCAAAAACAAAGCCAAACCGGAUCAGCCAUCGCCCAGAAUGACAAGGUCUGCCUUUGAUUGGACAAAGGACAGGACACUACUGUCACUACUGCUACUGUCAGCUGAAGAACACGCUGGAUACAGAGGGAGAAAAGGAAGAGCAGCGUUGUUGGUGUGAGUGUAGGAAGGUUGACCGUGGGGACCAUGACUGAAAUGGGUCAGGAGUUAGCUGAUAUGAUGAUGAGGAAAAAGGUAGGCCUUUUACGAGCAGGAACGAGGUAAGGCUGGGGACUUUGGAGACACAUUCAAGAUCUUUUACCACGAGGUGGAUGGGAGAAGAAAUGGUGUCGCCAUCAUUUUGAUUGAUGAGUAUGUGGACAUCUUGUGGAAGUGAAGAUGGACUCAGACGGAAUGAUGAGUGAGAUGGAGAAGGAGCUCUAUUGAACAUUGCACCGCUGGAACUUGAACCCAGGAUCUCCUGUUUGCAAAGUGGAGACAGCGCCAACAGAACAGGUGAUGCUGAAACAGAGCAACUUCAGUUUAAAGCCAAGAUGUCAGAAGCCAUAAGCUCGUCGGUCCAGGUCGGGGAAAAGCGAGGAAGUCCAGAGGAUGAAGAAGGGAACACCCUGAUCAAAAAGCCCAGAGUGGAGAGAGCUUCUCGGGAGAAUGAGGAAGAGCCUGGUGCUGAAGAGGGAGAUGAAGGAGAGGAUGAGGAGGAUGAUGGUGAGACGUUCGCAGAGAUGAUGAAGCACGGUCUCACUGAGGUGGACGUGGGCAUCUUGAAGUACAUCAGUGACCACGAGGGCUUCUCUGGAAUUCUUAAGGAGAGGUAUUCCGAUUUUGUGGUGCACGAAAUAAGCAAACAGGGGAAGGUAGUUCAUUUAGACAACCUGGAAAUACCUGCUGAAGUCCAGGACGAGGAAGAAGUCGCACCUCAAACAGAAUCUGACGUUCUGACCGACGAACAGAAGAAGCAGCUCGCAGAACUUCAGCUCUUCAAGAACAAAGAGGACAAUGUCUCCAUUGAGGGGGACGAAGCCAAAGAGAAGAGGACACUGGUCCACAAGGCCAUCAAAACUCAGUUUCCAGGUCUGGAAACAAAGACAGAGGAGAGAGAUGGACGCAAAUAUAUUGUGGCGUAUCACGCAGCGGGGAAGAGAGCCCUGGCAGGCGCCAAAGUCAGUGCAGCUCCACGGAAACAUUUCUGGCCCAAAAACCGCGGCAGCUUCUGUCACUUUGUCCUGUACAAGGAGAACAAGGACACGAUGGAUGCCAUCAACGUCCUCUCCAAGUUCCUCAGGCUUAGACCCAACAUGUUCUCCUACAUGGGCACCAAAGACAAGCGGGCCAUCACGGUGCAGGAGAUUGCCGUUCUCAAGGUCACAGCAGAGAGGUUAGCACACCUCAACAAGUGCCUCAUGAACCUCAAAUUGGGGAACUUCUCCUACAAGAACCAUCCUCUCAAACUGGGAGAGCUGCAGGGGAACCACUUCACCGUGGUCAUCAGGAACAUCUCAGGCACAGACGCUCAGGUCCACGAGGCCAUGACGUCUCUGCAGGAGACGGGUUUCAUCAACUACUACGGGAUGCAGCGCUUCGGCACCACAGCCGUCCCCACGCAGCACGUCGGGAGAGCCAUCCUCAGGAACGACUGGAGCGAGGUGGUGGAUUUGAUCCUGAAGCCCCGACCGGGAGCGGAGAAAGAGUUCCUGGUGCGCUGCCGCGAGGAGUGGGCCAAGACCCAGGACCCUGAAGCGGCCCUCAAAAAGCUGCCAAACAAACGCUGUGUGGAAGGUCAGCUGCUGCGAGGUCUGUCCAUGCACGGCAAGAAGAACAUCGUCACCGCCUUCGGACUGAUCCCACGCAACAACCGGCUGAUGUACAUCCACAGCUACCAGAGUGUCGUGUGGAACACCAUGGUGAGCCGCAGGAUCGAGGCCUUCGGGCUGAAGCCAGUAGAGGGCGACCUUGUGCUCAAGGGAACCACUGCACAGGUGUUGUCUGCAGAAGAAGUGGAGAAACACACCAUCCACGACAUUGUGAUGCCACUUCCUGGAUAUGAUGUCAUCUACCCCACCCACCACGUGGGGAAGGGUUACCGGGAGCUGCUGAGCGCUGACGGCCUGGACAUCGACAACAUGAGGCACAAAGUGAAGGACUACUCUCUGUCUGGAGCGUACAGACGGGUCGUCAUCAGACCCACAGACGUCAGCUGGGAGGUGAUCCAGUACGACGACCCGCGGAUCUCACUGGUGCACACCGACUUUGAGAAGCUGGAGAACAAACCAGCUCCGGUCUUCAACAAGGAGGGGAAGUUUCGGGCGCUCAGGAUGGAGUUCUCGCUGCCUCCGUCCACGUAUGCCACCAUGGCGAUCCGGGAGGUUCUGAAGUUGGACACCAGCAUCAAGAAACAGACGCAGCUGAACACAACCUGGUUCAACUGAGCCUGCGUGGUGCCGGAUCCGUGUGAAACUUGGUUCUGUGGGAACCUGAUGGCUAUUUUCUUUGAGAAACAAAGAGUUCAUUUAGGAUUUUUAAACAUUUUUAUCUCAUUAAAAUGUGAUGAUGGGUCGUCUCAUCUGUGAAUCAAAACUUUUCAAAUGUUCAAAUUUUUACUUUUAACUGUUGACUCAGCUGAA